AUGGAGGUCCCCAGCAUUGAUCGAUUUGAUCCCGCUGUCGCCGAAUCCUUGGGUUAUCUAAAUAGGACCCCAUGUUUCACCUCUCGAAGCAGUCCUUUCUCCUACUUUCUCUAUGUCCCUCCUAAUUAUCACGAUCUCGAACGUCUCAACCUGAUGGUCUUGAUCCAUCAGAGCUCUCGAAAUGCCUCCGAGAUCCGCGAUGAAGGCUUCACCUUCUUCGCAAGAAAACACUCAUAUAUCAUCCUUGCCCCGCUGUUUCCGAUUGAACCCGACGAUCCACAAGACAGGAAUGGUUACAAGCAGCUUGUAUCGGGAGAUACGAGAUAUGACAAGAUUGUUCUCGCCAUGGUAGAAGAAGUCAAAGCCCGCUACAACCGUGUCGACAUCGACCGGUUCCUUCUCUGGGGGUUUAGUGGUGGCGGGCAAUACGUUCAUCGCUUUGCAUACCUGUACCCGGAGCGCUUGAAGGCAAUAGCAAUCGGUGCUCCCGGAUCGCAGACUUUGCCAGAUACCAGCAAGCCGUACCCAAACGGUGUGAGUGACCUGGAAAGUGUAUUUGGUUUGGCGAUCCAGUGGGAGAGGCUAUGUCCUAUUCCGGCUAUGUUUAUUGUGGGUGACUGCGACACUGAUACUUUCUAUGCAACUGCACGUGGUCGACCACUCAGUCCUUCAGUUGAGAACGGGCGUUAUGGGGGAGUAGUUCGAUUAGAAGAGAAUUGGCGCCACAAUGGGGCAAAGUGUCAUCUUCAAGUUGUACCUGGAGCGACUCACGAAGAGGAUAAGAUGGUACCGUACGUGGUGGAGUUUUUUGAAAAAUGCCUUCAAGGUUCUAUUUAA